AUGGAAGGCGUGGCGGCGGCGAUGGGACGGACCGAGUGGUUCCUUCUUCCUACUCACCAUCGCUCGCCAUCAGUAGAGACGAUUGAACCCUGUCGGCGCACCGAGCAAGCAUGGCGGCGGGAUUCUGAUCUGCAUCCUCGAUCGGCCUUCCGAGCAAGCAUGGCGACGGGGCGAGAUUCUAAUCUGUCUUCUGCGUCCUUGAUCGAAGAAUGGAUUUUGCCGGUGUUAGGAGGGAUCGAGAGGGAGGCGUCGGGAAGAGAGGGAGAAGGAGAAGACGACGAUGGUGGUGGUUUUAUGGCGAGACAGUCGACAGAGCUGGAUGGUGGUUCUCAGGAAGGAAAUAUGGAGAGCGUAUUUGGGAUGGCGCCGGAAAUGGAGCUGCCCGCCUAUCUGCAAGCGUUGAUGCAGCACCUGGGCAGCUCUUACAUUUGCCUUUGGUCCCAUCUCCCCCAUCGCCACCCUCAUAAUAACUCUGUAUCCAGCCUGCUCGUUUUCGCCGGAGGCUUCUACCGGCCGCUCCAACACCACGACGACGAUCACCACGACCACCACCACCAGCAGCCAAUACCCUCCUCCUCUUCCUCUUCUUCUCCUCGAUCGCCUCCUCCGUCUUCAGCAGCAGCCAACCGGCAUUUCCAGGACUACACACGGUCAACAUUCACUCCCAUCAACGAUCGAGUUCCGGGGCACGCCUUCUUGAUCAACCACCCGUACGUAGAGCUGAACGAAUUACCGGAGCUGCUGCGAAUGGCGUCCAAUCUUUCACAACGCCUCUUCUACCAGACAGCAGUGUUUAUGGGUUGCAGAAGUGGCGAGAUCGAGCUCGGCUGGUCUAAUCCGACGGGUCAACAACAAAUGAGCAUCGAGGGGGAGAUGAUGAAGCUUUUCCCCGACGACUUCUCCAGGCUUCUAACGACGACGACGACAGCGAAUAAUAAUGCGGGGCUGCCGUCCUCCUCGUCCACCUCCUCCGUCAGAUCAUCAGUGCUCUCACUUGAUCAGAACAGCCCUGAGUACUCGUCUUUCCUCCUCAACCUCACCGCCAAUACCACCGCUGCCGCCUCUACCCCCGCCUUCCACCCUCCUCCACCGCCACGUCAGCAGCAGCAGCCGUACGUGGGGCUGUUUCCGAGUACUCAAAUGGCGAGUAUGGAGGACGUCGCCAUGACCAGAGCCUUGCUGGCCGUCUUCACCUCUGCUCCUCCCUCCGCUACUGCUGCUGCUGCUCCAUCUAAUCAUCAGGGCCGGAUGCCACGUCGGACUACUACUACUACUGCUUUCAAGAAGUUCGCUGCUGCUGCAACUCCUGCUCCUCCUCCUACUAGAGGAGUGAGAGUGGCGGGGCAAAGCAUGUUCAAGAGGGCGAUUACGUACUACAGGAGGAGCUUCACGGCGAGGGACAGGAGUCAUCAGCUGGCCUGCAGCCGUCCCACCAGCACGCAGCUCCACCAUAUGAUAUCGGAGCGCCGCCGCCGGGAGAAGAUCAACGACAGCUUCCACUCCCUCCGCUCCCUCCUCCCUCCCGAUGCCAAGAAAGACAAGGCGUCGGUGCUGAGCCGGACGAAGGAGUACAUGAGCUCCUUGAUAGCUCAAGUAGCCGAGCUGGCAGAAAAAAACCGCCAGCUCGAAUCCAAACUGCUACUCCUUGGUUCCAGCAAAGCAGCCGAGCGAGAAGCGGCGGAAAGUACCGUUGCGAGCGGCCAAAGGGUGGACGUGCGGUUGAGAACGGUUGACCAAACGACGUCGGAGCAGCACCGCACCGUGGAGCUGCAAGUCACUCUUCUGGGAGACUCUCUGGUUUCGGACAUGGUGAUUCGGGUGCUGGAGUUUCUCCGACAAGUCAGCAACGUUGACUUGGUGGCCUUGGAAGCGACCGCAGACCAGGCGCCACGUUUCAGCCGAGCUGUUUUCCGGUUGCAGAUUGAGGGAGAUGAAGAAUGGGACGAAGCCGCCUUUCAGGAAGCAGUAAGAAGGGUGGUUGCUGACCUGGCGCAAUGACACUUGUCCAACCACCCAUUAACCCUUUUGCAGAAAGCUUGAUUGAUGGGGAGACGAGAAACCAAGAAGAAGUUUGUAGGCUACCAAGUGAACCAAAUUUUUGGGU